AUGUCAAGGAAAACAACUUCAUUUGGAUUGCCUGUUAUGUUGAAGAAUGAAAGUAAAUAUGAAGACUGUGUGCAAAUCAUGGAUGGAUAUGAAAAAUAUCUGCAAGAAUGGUAUACAAAGGCUGGUAGAUCGGAUGACCUGGUUAGCCUCAUGGUUCCAGUGGGUGGUGACCAAUUAACAAGAGUGCGACUGGAUGGGGCAAAGAGCUUGCGACUUGGUGCUCAUACCAAGGAAGAACGAUUUGAAAACCUCUGCCCUGUUGUGGUUGAGAUGUUUCAUAUGCAGAUGGAUUUUCUCCAUAAAACCGUCUUGAAGUUUUUUAAAAAGUCAUCUGGUCGAGACGUUGGGACCCUGUAUAACCUUAAAACACACAUUCAAAGGACAAAUGUGAAUGGCAAUGUUAAAAGUCGUUUUAAGGCACACGAGGACUUUGUGCUUCUUGUUGGAAAGGCCUUUAUACAAGAGGCAGCUGUUGAGUACUUUGGUAUGGAGUCAUUUGACAGCACACCAACACGUAACAUCCCUGAGGGAAAUAUUAGCCGCAGCCAUCUUCCAAAACGGCUUCAAGAAUUCAAGAAGGCAAUGGACGGACUAAUGGAACUUCUUUGUGCUCCAUUAAGUUUUGAUGAAGUGGAAAGCCAGAGUAAAGUGCCUGUAUUAGUUUCGGGUCAUCGCAUUGAAGUUCCUGUUAAAAAUGAGAACAUAGCCAUCAAUGUUCAGCACAGGGGUCAGCUUUUAAAGAUUAAUGUGCCAUUGAAAAUGAUUCAGAAUCAAUCAAGUGUGAAAAUAAUGUUUGGGGAAACUGCAUUUGAGGUGUCUUUGGUGAAGGAAGACGAGUUCCAGAAUUAUGUACUAAAUUUUCUGCAGCACUAUUUUGUGCUGCUAAACUUAAAAGAUACUAUUCGUGAAGGUGAUAUCUUUCGAUUGAACAAUAUCUUGAAACUAGCAAUGCCUUUCUUCUUUAAUCAUUCAUCCAUGUCUAAAUACUUAGUUGAAUGCAUUGACUAUGUACUAAAAACAGAAAUCAUUAUGCCUCCAAAACUAGGAAUGCAAGUGCGGACUGCUUCAUUUGUAAAUUUGAAGGGUAGACAAGCAAAAAAUAAAGCAGCAGAUAUGGAGAAGGAAAAUCAAGUUAAGGAAAUAAAAGACCUCAUACGUGGACUUGGAUCAAACAAAACUGAGCAGGCUAUCGUCAAAGUGACCGCCGCAGCUCCUGUAAUUAAGGAAAUAGUUAAUAAAUUAGAUGGUCAAAUUGGUUAUAUAGACAGGACAUCAGUGCAUAAAAAACGUUCCGAAAAUGAUGAUCUACUUAUGAUUGCAAAAGUCCUGCGGGAAGUAAGACCUUUCGUUAAGAUCGAUGGCAGGAAAGUAGAUGAGAGUGUAAGGAUGAAAGCCGCAGUGUUCCUGGACCUGAAAGGCAAACACGUGACUUUCAAUGAGCAUGUAUUAAACACAGCCUUGAGGCUAAGAAGAGGUUUACCAAUGCCUGAAGAAAAUGAGGACGCUGAAUGAGGGACUGCUGUUGAAGGCAAGGUCUUGACCAGUAUGAUGCAUCCUACUUUUAUUGGGUUUGAAAAACCGGGAAGUUUUUAAAAAUUCAUUUUGCUGCUACUUUGCUUUUUUACGUGAAAUAAGGAUACAUGUAUUCGUUUUUAUAAAAUCUUACAUAUCAUUUAGUAAAUAAUGUAGCAAAGGUGGUCUAGCUUCCAACAUAUUUAUAUUUAUUUUUGUGUGUAUAUGAAACAGGUAGCAAAACAAAUUUGAUCCCAUGUUUAGUGCACACAGGUUCUUUCGUUUUCCUGUGCUUGAAUGGAAACCACACACUUUCCUGAACAUUUAAGACAGAGUGUUAAAUGAGUUAGUGUUUAAUAUAAGAUAACCGUUUUACCAACAAUGGCCAUGCAUGAAGAAAAAAAACAUUUACUCACAAUAGUUUUUUAGUAUAGACACUCAUAUUGCUUCCAGUCUGUGUAAAAACAGGUUUCCACAGCAGUUUAUGUUUUUUGAAAUUUCUUAUUAUUGUGUUGUUUUGUGUCAGCGCCAACAACUUAAUAUAUCUUAAAACUGAGAUUUUGUUGUUUAAUGGUACUGUUGCUUUUGAAAGGUUAAUAUAAUUUCUGUUUGAAACCAUUCCAUAAAUUGAGUUUUAACAACAGGCUUUUAUCACUUUUCGGUGUA